UCAUGGAGAGCUGUAAGCGGCAUCUUUGAGUUCCCCAACAAAACCUAGCCACCAAGGUUUAGGCACACUACCCCCCUGAAGCCUCGGCUUGCCGCGACUGGCGAGAAGGUUGAUCACUUCUGCCUGUCGGGCAACCACCUGAACGACUCAUCCCUUAGCAUCACCUGGUAGGGCCUCGUCUUGGGGAUUCGGGGCUAACCUGGUCGCGUGCCAUCCACCCAACCGCCCAUAUAUAGCUUCGCCACCCCGCCCGCUCGAUCGAGCCCAAACCGAGAAAGCUGCCGUCUCCAAGCACCCGCCUACCCGCGAAGCUGUCUCGGAGGCCAAAGAUAUCUCUCUCCGUAUUUUCAAGCCGGCAGCCGCGAUGAAGGACCCGUUCUUUAUACCGCAGAUUCCUGCUUUAAGCAAGGCGGUUCAGCCAUGGGCAGAUCGAUAUGGCCUGCCGACGCUCUCGCUUCAUAUACACGAGGUUAUCGUCUUCACCCUGUUCUACACCUUCAUCCAGAUGGUCAUAUCGCCAGUGCUGUCGACAUGGCUUUUCCCCUCCCACUACCCGCGAAACUCGAGGGGUAAGAAGGCGAACUGGGACGCCCAUGUCGUGUCCCUCGUCCAGAGCGUCUUGAUCAACGGCAUGGCCUUGUGGGUCAUGUUUGUCGACGAUGAGCGCAAUCAGAUGGACUGGCAGCAGCGAAUCUGGGGCUACACCGGGGCUGCUGGUCUAGUCCAGGCUAUGGCGACUGGGUACUUCGUGUGGGAUCUUAUCAUGACCGUCAGCUAUCUGGACGUCUUCGGCUUGGGACUGCUCGCCCAUGCGUCUAGUGCUCUGGCCGUCUACUCACUUGGGUUUAAACCCUUUUUGAACUAUUACGGAUGCACCUUCAUCCUAUACGAGCUCUCCACCCCGUUCCUCAACAUCCACUGGUUCUUUGACAAACUGAACAUGACCGGUUCAAAGGCCCAGCUCUACAACGGCAUCACCUUGCUAGCCACAUUCUUCUCCUGCCGUCUGGUAUGGGGCACCAUCCAGUCCGCCUUUGUGUGGCGCGACAUGUGGCGGGCAGUCCACACCGCCCCGGAUGCGGGCUACGCGGCGGCGGCCGCGCUUAACUCGACGCUGGCCGACCCGGACGAGAACAUGAUGGCGUUCGCGACGGACGCCGGGCCGAUCCCCGUCUGGCUGGCGGGCGUCUACAUCGCGAGCAACAUCACGCUCAACACGCUGAACUGGCACUGGUUCUUCAAGAUGAUCACGGCCGUGAAGAAGAGGUUCGAGCCCCCCAAGCCCGCCGCCGAGAAGGGGCCGAACGGGGCCGUCUCCUCCGCGGAGGCCACGGGCGCCGGGAAGGCGCUCGGGGCCAUGCGGAAGAGGCGGAGCACCAUCGAGGGGAUGGUGCCCGACAGCGAGGAGUUGCGGGAGGGUACGAUUCAGUGAGCAGGCAACAGAGGAAUUUUUUCCGAAUUUGCCUGUUUUAUUUUCAUUUUUACGUGAUAAUUCGGUUGGGCUGGCGUGGUAGUCGGGUGAUUGUGAUGCCCUCACGUGUCGUUUUCUAGCGUCGCCUGUUGGGC